UUUUUUUGAGAUAUUUUCAGGUAUUGAUAUCGAACAUUUAUCAACUGUUGCUGCUGAAUCUGUUGAAAUCGAUGAUAUAGCACGAAGAGCAUUACAUGUUCGAAGUAUGAUACAACGAACACAAGAAUCUUUAAGAGCAGUUGAUAAAUGUGAAAAACCAGUAAUAGCUGCUAUUCAUGGUUACUGUAUCGGUGCUGGUAUUGAUCUAUCAGCUUCUUGUGAUAUUCGUUACAGUUCACGUGAUACGACAUUUUCUAUCAAGGAAGUCGACAUAGGUUUAGCAGCUGAUGUCGGUAGUCUUCAAAUUUUACCUAAAUCAAUUACCGAUCAUGGUCUCUUCCGUGAACUUGUUUUUACAUCACGAACAUUUGAUACUAACGAAGCACAACAAAUUGGACUUAUUAGCCGUGUAUUUGAUACUCGUGAAGCUUUACUCGAUGCAGCUAUAUCUUUAGCAAAUGUUAUUGCUUGCAAGAGUCCUAUAGCUGUACAAGGUUCAAAAAUCAAUUUAAAUUAUGCACGUGAUCAUACUGUAGAUGAUAAUUUUACUUUUGUGCGUACAUGGAAUAGUGCUAUGUUAUUGACUGAAGAUAUCGUGAAAAAUCUUAUGACAACAUCGGUAUCGAAUGAAAAAAGUAAACUAUGAACCAAGUGAAAUUGGAUUUUGAAGAUUUUGUAAAAAAUAAACAUUUUCUUUUAUCCAUAAAAUUUUGCAGAAUAUUCCGGAUGACAUUGAAUAGCAGUUUUCAAAAUGAGAUGAAUUAGAGUUAAUAUUAGAAUUUUUAGUAGAUGAAUUUCGUUGUCGGAGAAUUUGAUCAUAUUCUUUUUUAAUGAAACUCGUAUAGUGGUAGAUUGAUUGAUUUGAAUACAAUUGACAUUUAUACGAAAAAAAAAAGACGAAAGGAAGUUCCAGCAGAAGGUAAUUUGAUUGAUGACGAUGGAUAAAGUUUUAGAUUUCAUAAGAACAUACAAUAAAAAUAUCAAAUUAUUAGUAUAUUCUUAUUUACCAUCAU